AUGGCUACCAAUUCUUCAAUGAGGAUAGGAAGUUGGUUACUAUUCUUUCUAGCAAUUUCAAUAACGGAUGCUUUCUACAUACCAGGUUGGUCGAUUAAGAGUUAUAAAGACAACGAAGCAAUCCCUUUGCUAGUUAAUAAGGUUUACUCCGAUAAUACACAAUUACAAUAUGCCUACUACGAUCUUCCAUUCGUCUGUCCUCCAACCGGUGUUCGUCAUGCCGGAUCUUCUCUGCUCAGCGGCCAAAGUAUAUCAUUGAAUCUCGGCGAAGUCUUACGAGGGGACAGAAUCACACAAUCCGAUAUCGAAUUGGUAAUGGGGAAGGAUCAAGAAUGUAAUUUCCUCUGUUCCAAAACGGUCACCCGAAAAGAUCUUAAGCGCGCAAAAGAAUUGGUUAAAGAUGGCUAUGUUGUGGAAUGGAUUGUGGAUAAUUUACCUGGAGCAACGAGUUUUGUGACAGUGGAUAAAAGUAAGAAAUAUUACGCUGCUGGAUUCAAAUUGGGUUACAAGGAUUUUUCUCAAACUGGCAAAGCGAGAUAUUUCAUCAACAAUCAUCUUACAAUCGUUCUCCGAUAUCGAAAAGCUCCAGGAAAGGAUGGAGAAAAGGGUGGAAAGGUUAUUGUUGGAUUCGAAGUUUAUACCAAGAGUGUUGGAGCUGAUAAGAGAGUGGAAUCGGGAUGUCCUGCGGAUUUGAAUGAUGUCGAUACACCAUUUGAAUUAUAUCUCGCCCCGAAUCAUACCGAUUCUUCAUCAACCCUCGCAUACCCACUUUCAUCAUAUCAUCCACCGGAAAGGGAAAUAGAUUUAGAUGAUGGAGCUACAAUGGAGAUUCCAUACACCUACUCUGUCUAUUUCCGUGAAGAUGAAAAGGUCGAAUGGAGAAAUCGAUGGGAUCUAUACUUCGUUAACCAAGAGGAAGGAUCAAGAAUUCAUUGGUUGGCUAUCGUCAAUUCUUUGAUUAUUUCAGGUCUUCUUAGUGGGAUUGUUGCUAUGAUCUUAGCCAGAACUGUUCGAGGAGAUAUUAAAGCGUACACAAAGGACGUCUCUGGAGAGGAUGGAAAACCAAAACCAAAAAGAAGAUCUAGACCUGGUAGUGGAGCAAGAUCACCUAAAACUGGGGAAAAAACUGGACUCGGUUUAUUGGAUCAGGUUGAUACCGAGAAUGAUGCCGAUGUUUCUUCCGAUGAUGAGCAACUGGAAGAUAUUACUGGGUGGAAAUUACUUCAUGGAGAUGUUUUCCGUCCGCCUCCUUAUGGAUAUCUUCUAGCACCUUUGAUCGGAUCAGGAAUGCAACUCGUCUUCAUGGCCUUUGGAUUACUUUCUCUAAGUAGUCUAGGUAUACUGAAUCCUAGUUUCCGUGGUGGAUUCAUCAGUGUCGGAAUCGGUCUUUUCAUCUUCGCAGGAGUUUUCUCUGGUUAUUUCAGCGCACGUGUUUACAAAACAUUUGGAGGUCUCAAUUGGCGCAAAAAUACCUUGAUCACAGCCAUUCUUUUCCCUGGUCUCCUCUUUUCUCUAGUCUUCAUCCUCAAUUUAUUCGUUUGGGCCCAAGCAUCUAGUACUGCCCUUCCAUUCGGUACCCUCAUCGCUCUUGUAUUCUUAUGGCUUUGCAUCCAACUCCCUCUUGUCUAUGCCGGCUCUUACUACGGCUACACACGUUCCGGUGCAUGGGAAUCCCCAACAAAAACGGCUAUUAUCCCUCGUCAAGUACCAAUUCAACCUUGGUAUAUCCGUUCUACCUCUUCAAUUCUCCUGGCUGGCCUCAUCCCUUUCGCAGUAAUCUUCAUCGAACUUCUUUUCGUCUUUCAAUCACUUUGGCAAGAUAAAAGUGGGUAUUACUAUGUAUUCGGGUUUCUCUCUCUCAUAACUCUUCUUCUCAUGAUCACAAUUGCGGAAGUCACAAUCGUUACCAUUUACAUAAAACUUUGUGCUGAAGAUUACAAUUGGUGGUGGCAUUCUUUCCUCGUAGGAGGUGGAUCAGCAGUUUGGGUUAUGGCAUAUUGUGUGUGGUUUUACAUGAGAAGGUUGCAUAUUGAGGGAUUUGUUAGUGGAAUGUUGUUUUUCAGUUAUUGCGGAGUCGUGGCUGUUACUUAUGGGUUGGCAACGGGAACAGUGGGAUUUUUGACCAGUUUUUGGUUUGUGAGAAGGGUUUAUGGUGCGAUUAAAGCAGAUUAA